AUGUCGAACCGGACGCUAACGUUAGAGUGUGCACUUGUUCAAACAAUGGGGAAUGGAGAGAGCACACCUAACUACAGAGGACCAGAUUUCAGAACCCCAGCCAUGUCGAUUCGUCUCCCGAUGCCCGAUUCCCAUGAGCUCGAGCGCAGAUUCACCAAAGUCCUGGCUUCUAUGGACCUGCCACCGGACAAAGCUAAAGUACUCAAGAACUACGAUGAUGAAAAGAAAUGGGACCUGAUUUGUGACCAGGAACGAGUUCAUGCAAAAGAUCCGCCUCACGUAUACCUGGACCGUCUGCGGACCUAUCUGGACCCACGUGCCAGUCGUAGCUCACGGAAAACACUCAAGAAGAGGAAGAUGAUGGGAGACAAUACCUCAACACAGGUACUAAGGGACCUGGAGAUCUCUCUUCGUACAAACCACAUUGAAUGGGUACGAGAGUUUCUCAAUGAAGACAACCAAGGGUUAGAUGUACUGGUAGAUUAUUUGUCCUUUACACAAGUCAUGAUGAGGAGAGAACAGCUGUUAACCAAGGAAAAGAGUGCCAGUCUGGAUGGCCUUGCAAAGAGUCCUGUUCGCCGACUGAAGCGAUCCAACACUAUCGGUUCUCCGCGGGGAAUGUUAAAGUCUUCCAAACUGAACAUGGGUGAGGCACGCGAUGAUGUCCACGUGUGUAUCAUGUGUCUACGAGCUAUCAUGAACCAUCAGUAUGGCUUCAACCUGGUGAUAGCCCAUAAACAUGCUAUCAACUGUAUAGCACUAAGUCUGAACCACCGUAGUCUCAGGACAAAGGCACUGGUUCUAGAGCUGCUAGCUGCAGUUUGUCUAGUGAGUGGGGGACAUGAGAUCAUCUUGUCUGCCUUUGAUAAUUUUAAAGAGGUGUGUGGAGAAAGACACAGGUUUGAGACAUUGAUGGAUUAUUUCAGGAAUUUUGAAGAGUUCCAUAUUGAUUUUAUGGUGGCUUGUAUGCAGUUUGUGAAUAUUGUGGUACAUUCAGUGGAGAACAUGAACUUUCGUGUACAUCUACAGUAUGAGUUUACACAGAUUGGCCUGGACGACUAUCUAAUGAAACUUCGACACACUGAGAGUGACCGGCUGUCAGUUCAGGUACAUGCAUACCUGGACAAUAUGAUAGAUGUACAACAACUUUUGGAGGAUUCAGAGACCAAGACAGAAGCAUUGGAGCGUGCCGAGGACCUAGAGGAUGAGCUGUCACAUGCACAUGAAAGACUUCAAGAGGUAGAGGAGGAAGCAAUGUCCAAAACAGUGGAACUAGAGAAGCAGUUAUCAGAUGCAAAUCAAGACAUUGAGGAGCUGCGAGAUUAUUUAUCAAAGCAAGAUCUAGAAAUGAACUCUUUACGACAAGUUGUGAAUGAAAAAGACGAGGAGUCAAGGAAGAGACAGAGCAUACUUGAAGCUAAACUCCAGGAGAUCGAACAAAUUAAACAGACUCUUCCUUCAGGUGUUGGAGCUGCUGCUGCUAGUGCUCCAAUGGCCAAUUUCCCCCCACCCCCCGCCCCUGCUGCACCCAUGCCCCCACCCCCUCCACCACCUCCACCUCCAGCACCUCCAGCCCCAGGGCGAGGACCACCAGCACCCCCACCCCCACCAGGACCUUCACCUGGAUCUGGAUCCUCUAUGUCAGCAAUGACAAUCAAAAAGAAAAUUCAAACCAAGUACCGUCUGCCCAUCCUCAACUGGACACCUCUUAAACCUCAGCAAGUCAAAGGAACCGUGUUUGCUGAUCUGGAUGAUGAAAAAUUGUACCAUGUAAUAGACUUUAAUGAGUUUGAGGAGAUGUUCCGCCUGAGUACAGGUCCACUGAGAGGUGACGAUGAUGGCACACCUAAGUUACUCAAGAAGUUACGCAAACCUGAGAGCAUCAGUCUCUUGGAACCAAACAGACUACGCAAUGUUGCUAUAACCAGGCGUAAGAUAGAAAUGACCAAUGAUGAAGUGAUGAAAGCUAUUAACAGUAUUGACCUGAAACGACUGUCUCUGGACAUGGUGGACAUCCUUCUCACCAUUAUGCCCAAUGAACAAGAGGUGAAGGCAUUCAAACAGUAUGAGAGGGAUCGUAAACCCAAGGAACGCCUAACAGACGAGGAUAGAUUCAUGUGGAUGUGUUGUAAAGUAGAGAGAUUAUCACAAAAGUUGAACAUCAUGAGUUUUAUCGGGAACUUCCAAGAUAGUAUACACCACCUGACGCCACAAGUCAAUGCUGUGAUAGCGGCUUCUAUGUCAUUGAGGAAUUCUCAGAAAGUGAAAAAAAUGCUGGAGGUUAUUCUGGCGGUUGGGAACUACAUGAAUAGUUCUAAGAGGGGAGCUGUGUAUGGUUUUAAACUACAGAGUCUGGAUAUGUUAAUGGAUACUAAAUCAGCAGACAAGAAGACCACACUUGUCCACUACCUGGCACAGAUAGUCAACGAAAAGUUUGUGGACCUGCUGAACUUCGAAUCAGAGCUGCGUUUCUUAGAAAAAGCAGCAGUUGUAUCACUGGAAAAUAUUCUCACGGAUGUUCAUGAGUUAGAAAAAGGAAUGGACUCGACCAAGCGUGAAUUUGAUGCACGGAAACAUGCUAGAGACCAGCCACCUAUUCUGAGAGAUUUCUUACAAAACUCGGAAGAAAAACUUAAAAAACUGCAAAGUGAUGUUAAAACUGCACAGGAUUCCUACAAACGAGUAGUGGAAUUUUUUGGAGAGAAUCCUCGGACAGUGUCUCCACAGACGUUUUUCUCCCAGUUUGUACGAUUUGUUGGUGCUUUCAAGCAAGCAGUGGCUGACCUCGAGAAGAAAAGAAGGCUGGAGUCUGCUGCCAUGGAAGAAAUAUUACCUAGUUCUCAUGGGCGGAAGAACAAGAAAACAACAGCGGAGGCUGUGGUUACUGAGCUAAAAACAAGAAAUCGACAAAUCAAGGAAAAGAAAUUGUUGGGAAAGGAUGAAGUUUAUCACGGGGCACUUGAAGACAUCCUUCUUGACCUGAAGAACGAACCGUAUCGCCGUGCCGAUGGUGUAAGGCGGAGUCAAAGACGUCGUGUUGAGGAGGGAUUAGCACCUGCGUACAGUCACAACGAACAUUUCUAACUUACUUUCGGGUACACACUAGAUUUCCAUCAUCAUUAUGUAAAGAUUUCGCACUCAGAGAGGUUAAUGAAAGUCAAAGGCUUAAUAAGAAGGCUGAAAAGGCCUGUUAAAGACUUACAAAUGUACUCGUAUUCUAACCCAAUCUUAUAAGCUAACUUUUCAAAAGGUUAUUAAUAACACUAAGCAAUUGCUCUGCUUUAAUUUCAUUCAUAAAAAUUCUUUUCUAGGCAUUCAUUAGUGUUUUAAUACCUACAUACACACCUCAAAGCAAGUAUGUACACUCAGCAUAUACACUUCAGGUAUACACAGACAUAAUAUACACUUCAGGUAUACACUUCAGGUAUACACAGACAUAAUAUACACUUCAGGUAUACACAGACAUAAUAUACACUUCAGGUAUACACAGACAUAAUAUACACUUCAGGUAUACACAGACAUAAUAUACACUUCAGGUAUACACAGACAUAAUAUACACUUCAGGUAUACACAGACAUAAUAUACACUUCAGGUAUACACUUCAGGUAUACACAGACAUAAUAUACACUUCAGGUAUACACAGACAUAAUAUACACUUCAGGUAUACACAGACAUAAUAUACACUUCAGGUAUA